GAGAAGGACAAUAUUGAAAAGAUCUGGUUACCACCUCAAGAAAAAACAGCAGUGUCAGCAAAGCGAGGUAGGAGGAAGCUGACUAACGUACUCUAUAUGCAAGUCACCCCACCCUACGUCAACCAAGCAUUGGCGCUAUAGGCCCCACUUAUUCUACAGCUAUCAUGCACAAAGCUACUGCCUCUACAUCGACAGCGUUUCGAAACCAGCAACCACUUGCGACACUCUCUUGAGGCGAAACAUGGGCGCGAAGUCGGAUCACACCCAGGGCAUCGAAAAAUCGGACUCGACUGAUGCCAACAUGAACACCAAGGUUGACAGAAACCACGUCGGCUCUGACGAGACACCACCGAUAUACUACGACGCUGAGCCAUCAGCCCAGCCACCAAGCUACCAUAAUUACCAAUCCACUUCGCCUACUGAACUGCAAAAUGGGCCUGCAUCACGACCUAAGCCCAGAGAUCAACACAGCACUGGCGCACCCGCAAGUACCAUCGCGGCAGUCCUUGGUUCUGAAUAUACCGAUUUAGACGCUCAGCGACGAGCAGACCGCAAGAAGAAAACGUUUCGCGAGCGCUGGAAAAAUUUCAAAGAAAGAAAUCUUAGAGCCCAUGAUGUUUCCGAGGACAGGGCUGGAGCGGCGAGUGCGGCCGAGUGGAAUGUGCAGGGUGGAAGACUGAGUGGAGGACUGGCGACACCGUAUCGGAGGAAGGGGAAGUAAUUUAGUAAUUGCUGCAUCCUCAGACCAUAGGAAUAAUAGAGAGGUAAGAUAUUAAGAAAAGGUACUACUAAUAUACUCUCUUUUA